UCCGCCCCCACCCGCCGUCGCCCCUCUCCGGGCCGGUGAAUGAGGCUCUCCGCCCGGGCUGGCCCGGGGGCUGCGCGCCGCGGGACCCCAGCAUGAGUGCGGGCCCCGGCUGCAAGCCCUGCAGGAAGCGAGCCCGCUGCGGCGCCCCGAAAUCGCCGCCGCCCGCCGCCUCAGAUCUCCUGAGCCAGCCCGGAGGGAAGAGACAGCUUUCGGCCCUUCAGGUCUUCCCGGGGCAGGCCAUCCUGUCUCCUCUGGGGCAGACGACGCCGUCGUCCCCAUCCGCCGGCUCCCCAGGACCAGCAGCGUCCCGGCCGCCUAGCGUCGGCUCGGGCGGCAAGUUGGGGAACAAAGUUUUCAAACAAAAGGCAAUUACCAGUUGGGUGGACGCUAAAGGAUUCAAAAUAGUGUCAAAAAGUUUGCAGAGUAAAGAUACCGUUGUAACAGCAGGAUCUAAGAUGAGUUCUGUACAGAAAGAUAACUUUUUCCAACACAACGUGGAGAAAUUAGAAAAUGUUUCUCAGCUGAGCCAUGCUAAAUCCUCUCUAGAUAAAAGUACAAAGCAUUUCAGCCAUCCUCUGAUGUCCAGUACCUGUAAAUUGCAAAGUGAAGGAAAACACACAGAGCUUUUGGAAGCUGAACCGCAGGAAGUAACUGUUGUGGCAGAUCAGUUCAGAAAUGCUAAUGUGGAUCAGUUGCCCCAGAGUGAUGAUCAAAUUCACAUAGAUUGUGAAGAAAAUAGAGAUAAUAGGCAGCUCUUAUUGACACCUGUAAAGAUGGCAAAUUCCAAGCAGCCUAUGAAAGAUACACAACCAAGAGAAUCCUCAAGCAAUCUGCAGCCCAGUAAGUGUUGCCAGCCUGACCGUGACGCUAGUGCAGAUAGUCAGCAGGAAGAGAUAGAUGUUGUUCCUGAGAGUCCGCUGUCAGAUGUUGGUUGUGGUGACAUUUUACCUGGUCAGAAAAAUGUUGAGAAGAUGAGCAGACAAGAAAGUCCGGCAGAGUCUCCUCCUUUUGAGAAAGAAAGUGAACCAGAGUCCCCAAUGGAUGUUGAUAAUUCUAAGAAUAGUUGUCAGGAUUCAGAAGCAGAUGAAGAAACGAGCCCAUGUUUUGAUGAGCAAGAAGAUGGUAGUUCCUCCAAAUCAGCAGAUAAAUCAUCUAAGUUUCAAGCAAGAGAGGCUAAAAUUGAAUGUAAAAAACAGCAAUCUACUAGAAUAUGCGAAGAUAGUGGAUUGAGCCUUCAGUUUGAAGGAGUAGAGAGUUCCACUGGAGAGGAUCAUUUACAUACCAAAUCCCCUACCAUCACUGGUCUGAAUGUGGAAUGCAAAGGUCCCAAGCAACUUGGGAGAAAGGAUUCUAAAAUAACAGAUCACUUCAUGAGAGUACCUAGAGGAGAGGACAAAAGAAAAGAACAAUGUGAAUUUAAGCACCAAAGACCAGACAGGAAGAUCCCCAAAUACAUUCCACCUCAGGUUUCCCCAGAUAAGAAAUGGCUUGGAACUCCUAUCGAGGAAUUGAGAAGAAUGCCUUCGUGUGGAGUUCGUCUUCCUCACCUGAGACACUCUGUCAAUCAUACAGUAACUGUUCGGGUAGAUCUUUUGAAAGCCGGAGAAGUCCCUAAACCUUUUCCAACACAUUAUAGGGAUUUAUGGGAUAAUAAACAUGUCAAAAUGCCUUGCUCAGAACAAAAUUUGUAUCCUGUAGAAGAUGAGAAUGGCGAACGAACAGCAGGCAGUCGGUGGGAACUCAUUCAAACAGCACUGCUCAACAAGUUUAACCGUCCACAAAACUUGAAGGAAGCUAUAUUGAAAUAUAAUGUUGCAUAUGCCAAGAAGUGGGACUUUACAGCUUUGGUCGACUUCUGGGAUAAGGCCCUUGAAGAAGCAGAGGCCCAGCAUUUAUGUCAGUCUAUCCUGCCUGAUAUGGUGAAAUUAGCCCUUUGUCUACCAGAUAUUUGCACUCAGCCAAUACCUCUACUGAAACAGAAGAUGAAUCACUCCAUCACAAUGUCACAAGAGCAGAUUGCUAGUCUUUUAGCUAAUGCUUUCUUUUGCACAUUUCCACGCCGAAAUGCUAAGAUGAAAUCUGAGUAUUCUAGUUACCCAGAUAUUAACUUCAACAGAUUGUUUGAAGGAAGAUCUACAAGGAAGCCUGAGAAGCUUAAAACCCUCUUCUGCUACUUUAGAAAAGUCACUGAGAAAAAACCUACUGGCUUGGUGACAUUUACAAGACAGAGUCUUCAAGAUUUUCCAGAAUGGGAAAGGUGUGAAAAAAAAUUAACUCGGUUACACGUAACUUAUGAAGGUACCAUAGAAGGAAAUGGACAAGGCAUGCUACAGGUGGAUUUUGCUAAUCGCUUUGUUGGAGGGGGUGUAACCAGUGCAGGGCUGGUACAGGAAGAAAUCAGAUUUUUAAUCAACCCUGAAUUGAUUGUCUCACGACUCAUCACAGAGGUGCUGGAUCACAAUGAAUGUCUUAUCAUCACAGGUACUGAACAGUACAGUGAAUACAUAGGCUAUGCAGAAACAUACCGUUGGGCCCGAAGCCAUGAUGAUAAGAGUGAAAUAGAUGACUGGCAGAGGCGCUGCACAGAGAUUGUCGCUAUUGAUGCGCUUCACUUCAGACGCUACCUCGAUCAGUUUGUGCCUGAGAAAAUCAAGCGGGAGCUUAACAAGGCUUAUUGUGGUUUCUUCCGACCUGGAGUUUCUUCUGAGAAUCUUUCAGCAGUGGCCACAGGAAACUGGGGAUGUGGUGCCUUUGGGGGUGAUUCUAGAUUAAAAGCCUUAAUACAAAUACUGGCAGCGGCUGCAGCCGAACGAGAUGUGGCUUAUUUUACCUUUGGGGAUUCAGAAUUGAUGAGAGACAUCUAUGGCAUGCACACUUUCCUUACUGAAAGAGGACAGACAGUUGGGCAAAUUUAUAAGCUGCUGCCGUAUUACAAUGAAGAAUGCAAAAGCUGUUCAAGCUCAGGACCAGAUGUUAAGCUUUAUCCUUUCAUUUACAGUAUCAUUGACUCCUAUGCAGAUACCACCGACCACAAUGGGAAAAGGACAGGAUUCCGUGGAUUGGAAUGAAUGGGAUUCCUCAGUGUGGAUCCUUUCUUUCUCCACUUUCCCCGUCCCUCCAGUAUGCUGUUUGAAUUGCUGGGUGUAAUAUAUGAACUGGCUUAACUUAAUAUAAUUGUGUAUAUAAUCUUGCAUUUGUAAUCCAGUAUGCUGUCUCAUUUUGGAGAGAUGGGAUUUUUCAGGUUGUCCAUUUAAACCACCUCCAUCCUGAUUUAGAGUCAGUAUUGUUAGGUAUCAUUUUAUUUCUGUUUUUUCUUAUUCAUCAGAAUAUUUCAGUCCAUAUUCUAUAGGCUCCACAGUCCAUCAGAUUUCUUAUAAAAAACCUGUAAAAGGUUAUUCUUUAUCCUUCAGUUUUUGAUGCCUGUAAAUCACACAGAUUGCCUCUGUAACUAAGUGAGUACCAGUGAUUCCUGGGUGUUCUGUUUAAAGGCCUUGUAGUUGUUUUUUUAUUGACUGUGCUCACGAAUAAUACUUUCUCCUCCAACUCAAACUCAAGGAUUAAUGUGGCUGCAUUAUUUGAAUUUUUGAAAAUAAAGAGUUGUGUGUACACACACACACACACACACACACAUUUAUAUAUACAGAUAUAGAUGCACACAUACACAUACACGUUUCCACACAUGUAGCACAGUAAAAAUGCCCUGGGUUUAAAUAUAUUUUCAAUAUAAAAAUCAUUAUGGUUUUAACAAAUUUUGCUGGUGAAGCACCACCUACAUCAUCAACUUGUCUGACCUUUUUUCUUAAAACACAUUCCACUAUAAUAUUUUUGAAAUCCCAUAAAGGUGGAGGAAAAUACAAAAGAAGGGAAGAGGUCUGUGUGAAACAAAUAUAGAUUUGAAAGUGUUGAAGCUUUUAAAAAAAACAAACUAGGAUCAAUAUAUGCAGUCAGUGGUGGAUGAGGAAGUGUAUAUUAGCAAGAAGUUGGGAACUAGAACUUGAAACUAAUUUAUCUUCAUUGAAGUCACUCUGGUAUUUUGGGGAUGUAUAGUUAACAGAUUUUCAGUGGCAUAUUAUUUAAAAGCUAUCCUCUUUCUCAUAGCUGUAUUUUUUUUGUUAGACCACUAUGGACUCCAGUGUGUUUAAUUUGUGCCCACAAAAAGUAAAUGAAACUGAAGUAACAGAAAAUUAUUAGGCUUGGGCUUUAUCAGAGACUCUGUCUUCUGUCCUCUUCGCUACAGUUAGAUGGAUAGACAACUGGAAACCACCUGUGAAAGGCUACGUACUCCUAGAAAAUUGGAGAGAAGGAUUAUAUUAGUGACUUGUUGUAACAUCUACAAUUUGAGCAGAAAAAUCUGUGACCAGGUUUUCAAGGCAGUUCUGGAACAUAACCGGACUGUCAAAACUCUGGCUUAUGGUCAAUUAGUAGGGAGCUUGAGUUCUGUUCGGAAGCAGUUAUGGACCCCAAAUGUUAGAACUGUCAAGGACCUCAGCCGUGAUUUAGUUAAAUGCUCACUUUAGAGAUGAAGAGACAAGGCCCUUUGAGGUUAUUUGCUUUGGUGAAAAUCGCUUAGCAGAUUAGUGCAGAGCUCAGGUCAGACCCUGGAUGUACUGAUCUCAAUCUGGGGCUCUCCCUCCUUUGUUUCCUUAGGACUCCCUGGACCUUGCUCUACUAGAAUUUUGUUGUACUGAUAUUGUAUAAACUUUCCCUGUUAGGACCCCCAGGUAAUUCUCUUAAGACUGUAAGAUUUGCAGAAGAGUUCUUAAUUUGCAUCAGUGCAGGAGAUUUUCAUACUAGGAGUUUCACAUGCUGAUGAAAUCACAAAUGUGGACCGAAAAUAUUGUUUGUAAUAGUUGGACCAUUAGCUAAGACUUGGAUUUAUUUUUGUUACAUAGAAAUACCCCACAUAAUGGUUCAACUGAUUUUUUUUGGAGCAGUAAUGUGUUAACACAUUUUAACUAGUUCUUUUUAUAAGGUUUCAUAUCCUUGUUUUAAUGUCAUUAGACUCCUCACUGAGGCAAUUCUGGAUCCUGUUCCUUGGCGGGGCAGUUCUGUGUCUACUUUCCUGAGCUCUGCCCUUUCGUGAUCUUUCACCUGGAGGAGUGUUUUCAUGGAGCCAUUUAACAUUAGCUGUCAGUAUGAUGACAUUUUGCAUUUGUUGGUACACAUAUGAUUGGCAGUAGCUUUUAUCACAACAGCCAAAGAUACUAUUCAUUUUCACCCUAACGUAGCCAAGGGCUUGAAAUUCACUUUUUUUUCUAUUGUUAGUAUCUUUCACCUUUCCUUCCAUCCUACUUAGAACUUUGGCCAAGUAAUCAUAGUUAAAUUUUAUUUUCUUUCCUCCACUCGAAUGUUGAGUAGACUGUUCUUCAAAUCAGUUCAAAGGGGGGCUUCAGUACAUAAUAUACUGUACAAAUUAAUAAAUCCAGGUGAAGGUUCCCAGAGGUAAUGGUCUUCCAAACCUGUAGCCCUGUUUCUUACUUCUUCUUGGUGCUGAACUAGGGAAAUAAGUAAUUUCAUCUCUUCUUUCCAAGCUGGUUCCUUUUUCUCAGAUGUAAUAGGAAUAGUACAUUUAGGUGGCAUGACAUGAGAAGAAAUAAUACUUUUUAUAUGGGAAAGAGGUAGAGAGAGCAAUCAUCAUAGAUGAUUUUUUCUUCUUUAAUAGCCUAUGGGCUAUUCAGACCAGAUUGAGACUGCUGAGACCUUUGGUAUUCUUCAUCCAGAAAGUACCUGAGCUAAUAAUGUUUUCUCUUUUUACUGGAGUAUUCAAUAAUCAGAGGAGGAAAAAUUGCUAUCUCUACUGUGAGAUAUUUAUUGUUCUUUUAUCUACUUGAACUAAAGGUAAUGGUUUUCAUUGUCAUUUAAUGGCAUCUACAAUUUUUUUCUGUAUAAAUGAGAAUAAAGAGGUAUCUUACUUUAUAACCACUCGGAAUUUUUUCAAUAUAUCACAUACAUGGUUCUGAGAAAGUUCUCAGGGGUUGGCAGAGGGAGAAGGAAAGUUAAAUUUUAAUCAAAACUUGACUAUCAUGUAAUUCCUAUCCUAACCUUCCUUGAAAGUGUAAAGGCAGAAAAGUAAAGUAUGGUCACAUUCUUUACUAGGUACCUGGCAUUGAUCAUUACUCAUGAGUGAGCAUGUAUAGGAUUGGUUCACACAUCUUUAAGUGGGUGUUUCUAACCCUUCUUCAUUGAGAUGAUUGUCAGCAGCACAGAUAUGCCAGAUUAGUGGUUUGGAAAAGAACUUUAACAGGAAUUCUCUCUAUGACCCAUACGCUUCUCACCAAUGUUAUUUUUCUUGGUGGAAAAUUAACAUGCACUUAAUUCCCAUCUACUUCCCCCCCUUCUCUCUAGCAAUCUCUGUAGCUUCAUGUAGAGGUAUGCUGGAGCCAGCUCUAAUCCAGAAAGUCGGUUGUUAAAUUUUCAAUGUGAGCAUUUAUACCUUGGAAAUUGGUUACAGAGUAGAGCUUUGUUGAUUGUUUAGGCUUAAGAAAGCCAAUGGAGAAAAUAAUGCAGAUUAAACUUCAAAGUAUGUCAUGUGUACAUCCCCCCUUCCUCUCCCCCAGAACAUUUACCAGCAUACAUGCCACCAGCCCCCUCAAGUCUUUGUGGUAAAACAGUGAUGUCUAAGGCAGUUCUGCAAUAAAGGGAUCAGAAUUUUUCCCAUAUCAAAGCUGAUUAUAUAUAGUCAAUCUUUCAGCUGAGUGGAAGGGAAAAGAUUGAGGAUGAAAGGUGGGAAUUUAAACCAAUAGCCAGUAGUUAAUAUUUAUUAAGCACCUACUGUAUACAAGGCACUGUGCUAACAAGAUGAAUUGUUUUUUGUUAUACUUCAGUUGUCACAGGAAGCAAUUAAUAGCUAAAAUUGCACAAAAAUUUUUGGCAUUAUGUCCUUUGGUGCCAGUUUUCUUGGCUCUCCCACUCUACACUUCUGUAUCUGUCAAGCCAUAAAGACUAACAGUUUGCAUCCAUCUGACAAAUGACUUGGUUUUUCCUGACAAUUUCAUCUGAAUUCCUGCUUAAUGCAUCAUCAUCAUUUUUAUUUUGAGAGUGGGAGGAGGUGUCUGUAUGCUGAUGUUUACAUGAUUUUUAUAGGAAGACAAUAAAGACAUUCUGAUCACAUUGUUA